UUGUCCGAGGUUUUCCACUGGGACGUCAGAUGCGCAUCAGCAUUUGGUCAGCGGCUAUUUCAGCGCGUGUGAUCCUCGCUGUGCGCCCUGACGUCACUUAUAAGGACGCAGCGGUGGCGGGUGGCAGCCGCAGACUGAAGCUGAGGGAAAGAAAUGCUCAAAACCAGCCGAGAUAUUUAUUUGGAUUUGGAUUGAUUGCCAUAGACUGACCACGGCCUGAGCUGGUGAGGGCGUCCUGGCAGCCAUACAAGUGUAAGCUUGUUACCAGCUAUGGGGAAGGACUACUACAAGACUUUGGGUAUUCCAAAAGGUGCCAAUGAAGAGGAGAUCAAGAAGGCAUAUCGGCGCAUGGCCCUGCGCUUUCAUCCAGACAAGAACACAGAUGCAAAUGCAGAGGAAAAGUUUAAGGAGAUUGCUGAGGCCUAUGAAGUACUCAGUGAUCCUAAGAAAAGAGUUGUCUAUGAUCAGCUGGGAGAAGAAGGUUUAAAGACGGGGGGAAGCAGCUCCUCAGGUGCUCCUGGCAAUUCAUCAUAUCACUAUACGUUCCAUGGAGAUCCCCAUGCCACAUUUGCUUCUUUCUUUGGAGGCUCAAACCCCUUUGACAUGUUUUUUAGCUCUAGCCGUAACCACAAUCGCUCUAAUGGCUUCUCCUUUCACAAUGACCACAACAAUGAUGGGGACCAGGACAUGGACAUUGAGGAUGAGGACCCUUUUAGUCAUUUUGGGAGACAGUUUGGUUUUACAGGUGGCAUGAAGAAUGGUUUUCCUGGAGAGGGUCGUCGCAGGAGGGGUGUACAUUCAGAGCGACUUGGAGCUAGUCAAAAACACCAGGAUCCUCCUGUGGUUCAUGAGCUGAAGGUCUCACUGGAAGAGAUCUUCCAUGGAUGCACCAAGAGGAUGAAAAUUACACGACGCAGACUGAAUCCAGAUGGGAGGAGCAUGAGGACUGAAGACAAGAUCCUCAACAUUGUCAUAAAGAAAGGCUGGAAGGAAGGCACUAAGAUCACCUUUCCAAAAGAGGGGGAUGAAACCCCUGAGAACAUUCCUGCGGACAUAGCCUUUGUGCUCAAAGACAAGGGACAUGCCCACUUUAAAAGAGACGGCUCAAACAUCAUCUACAGUUGCAAGAUAAGUCUAAAAGAGGCCUUGUGUGGCUGCACCGUGAGCAUUCCCACUCUGGAAAACCGCGUCAUCUCACUCCCAUGUCAUGACAUCAUCAAGCCCGGGACAGUGAAGCGGCUCCGAGGAGAGGGUCUGCCCUUUCCAAAAAACCCUUUGCAGCGUGGAGACCUCAUCGUGGAAUUUUCUGUACACUUUCCUGACAGAAUCCCUCACCAAUCCAAAGAAAUCAUCAGACAACACCUGCCACAAUCAUAAUGACUUCUCAGUAAAAACACACAUUAUGUAAUACACUUUUAUAUCCACUCUGGAUGCUAUUGUUGCUACAAUUCCCUUAAGCCAUUUUAAUAUACAUUUUUGUGAUUAAGUGCCAACAGGGAUGGUACCAACAGGAUGUAUUUAUUUAUAUUUACCCCAAUUACACACAUCAAGGGGAAGGUUACACUGAAGAGGUAGGAGGCAGAAAAGUUGUUUAUAAAGUAAAAUACUUACAUAUUUUUGCAGACUUGUCAGUAGGUCUUUUGCAGUCUUUUGUAAGGACAAAUACCGUAACUCUCAUAGUGCUAUUUUUAAUCGAUGAAACACAUUUGGUCUUGUUGUUUUGAUCUGUAAACUCAAACUCCAGGCUGUUGAAUAUUAGCAAAUAGAUCUGUCAUGAUAAUACAAUAAAUUAAGUAUAGUAAUCAAGUGAGAAUAUAACUGUAAACAUGUACCAGAUGUACCAGAUGUAGAAAAGACAAUCAAAACUUACACAGCAGUGGAUAAUGCAAUCUACACAGAAAAUGGGUGCUUUCUCCUGGCUCUCGGCCUGGGGGUUGUCAGGUGCCUUAGUCCAGUCCCAUAAGCCACCAGGGGAAACAUACAGUACAUCUGUACAACCAGCCAUAUUCUAUACAUAAAAUACAGUGCUACAAGUGAGAUUAGUAAUUUUUCUGACAGACAGAAAGGGGACUUUUUAUCAAAUGUAUGUGACACAUGAGGUUUACCAUAUAUAUAUAUAUAUAUAUAUAUAUACUCUGGGAGGGCAAAUGGCAAAUGUGUUUAGAAUCACUCAGCUGUGCAAAAGGGUACACUUUACAGUCAAUGUUUUCAUAGAGUCUGUCUACAUCUUUACAAUAAUUCUAACUGAAUUUGAAUAGUUGUUUUGUAUAAUUGCUGUUGACGGCUUUUUAAACUCUUUACUCUUAUAUUGAACUUCUUACAGUACAGAUCAAAAAUAGUAUUAUUUCAAACAUCUAUAAUCCACUUUACAAAUAGACCUCUAGACUAUGGCUGUAAUCUGAACACGCAUGCACUGUUGCUCAUUGACUGACUGUCACUGCUUGUGUGCUUUUGACAUGUUAAUAAUGUUUUCAAAAUGAAAUCAAAUAAACCAAAUGUGUGAAUCA